AUGAGCAGUAAAUCUCAGGGACUUUUUAAAGACCGAUUCAGGAUAAAGCUUGUGAUGUUUAUGCACAUCAAGAUGUACAUUGGUGUCCUGUUGCACUGUCUUCUGUUUACAAGAUCUCUUUACGGGUCUUGCAGCCUUGCUCUCUUGGUUAUGAUCAGCUCACUGUCCUUCCUAAGGGCAUGCCUGGCCGAUCCAGGGAGAGUUAAUAGAAAGGUUUACCACAAGUAUACACCAGACGUGGUUGCAUUCGAAGAGAAUGUAUCGACACAGAUACACACAAACAAGAAUGGAGACUGGGUAAGAGCAAUAAGGAUAAACGGGACGGAGUAUCAGGAGAAGUAUUGUUUGGAAUGUAAUUUAUUUCGCGUCAAUGGAAUGUCCCAUUGCAGAGAGUGCAACAGAUGUGUUCUUGAGAUGGAUCACCACUGCAUGUGGUUUGGAAACUGCAUUGGUAGAAACAACAUAAGAUACUUCCACAUCUACCUGUAUACCCUGAGUAUGGUUACCUUGAUAAAUGCAGGGUUUAUGUACAAUCUGGUAACGAUGUGCAGUAAGAGCACAUUUUUUGCACUUUCCCUCAGGAUCCUUGUGGCCGCCUUUGGUGCGCUGUACACUCUACUUUUCUUCAUCAUCUUUCUAUUCACAAUGUUCAACAUAUAUGUUGCCUUAAACUCCUCAACAUCAAGAGAUUUUAUCAAGAAUGGCGUAGGAAAUAAAAAGUUGGAUAUAGGAAAGGCAUGCAAGAGCCUCUCAAGGAUUAAGCCAACCCUGUCCUUUGACCUUCCGUCUGUGUAG